AUGCAGAUGCACCCUCGUGCUUUUCACGUCCUUGCCCUCGCACUGAUUGCGGUCGUAAGGGUCGACUGUGACGACAAAGCAAGAUGGUAUUCCGAAUUACGGUCUGUACUCAAAAAUUGCUCACCGGAGUCCUGGAACAAUUCCGGCCAGGAUGAAGUAUUGGAGAUUUUUAAAGGAUGCGUGCAGCAAAGAAUUAUCAACACCCUGGAUGCCUUUCUCGACGAUGAUAUCAUUCCGGUAUUCGAGGGAAUCGAUUUGAUACGAUUUCGUUCGAACGACAAAAACAGCACGGAAUUUAAAUCGAGAGAUAACACCAACUGGUCAGCAGUCAUUUGGAAUCGAUUGGCACGCGUUCUGCGGACUCAUGCUUUCAAAGUUGAAGUCGAACAUAUGUUCAACACACCGUCCGAGCUUGGUCCGAACAGAAAUAUUGUCCAAGGUCGAGGACGUCAUCGACGUCGUCACCGUCAUCACAUGAUGCCGCUGAUGAUGUUAGGUCUGUUGAUGAUGGGUUCGAUCCUAAUACCGAUGGGCUUUCAGUUUCUCGCAGUGCUGGGCGGCAAGGCUCUGAUCCUUGCGAAAAUGGCUCUUAUAUUAUCCAGCAUCCAGGGCUUAAAGAAGAUAGCCACGAGCGGUAUCAAUUACGGAUUAUACCACGUACAUGACAGGAGUCAUCAGGUGUUCCCCCAGGAAGAGGAGCAACAGUUUUUCGUGCCUCCGCAUCCUUAG